GAAAACCCGGGAAGAAGGAAGCCAUCGUCUUGGAAAGGAAAAAUGUCACUGAGGCAAAUCAUCAAACACUUUCCGUACGUUCCAAAUCCAAAACCUUUUCCUUUCCUUUCCAAUUCCCUUCGCUUUUCUUCUUCUUCCCUGUCGAUUCUCUCAACUCAGGACUCGUCAGCCAACUCGGCAUCCGAUGCGGAUCCAUACAAUCUUUUGAAGCAGGACCCAUUUGAUAUCUGUCUUUCGAUAUGGGUCAAAUCAUUCUCUUCACCAACAAACGCCACUUUCCCCAACCUCUCCGGCUUCCUUUCGAAAUUAGACCUUUGGGUCUUAGCCUACCAACGCUCUUGCGCUCACUUCACCGGCACGUUCCCUCCCCGCAACGCCAUUCACUCCCAGACUCUCAAUUCCAUUCUCUCCCUCCGUAACGCCGUCGUUCACGGCAGCCGUUUCAAGUGGAACAACAAGACCAAUCAGCUUAUUCGUAGCCCGAAUGACAAACCGUCGAAGACUGUGAUCUCAAAGAGGAAACUUCAAGCCAUGCUUGAAUCCCCUGAGCCUUGUUUCCAAGACCGGGUUGUCCAGGAGGUUCUUUUGAUGGUCUUGGAACCGAUUUUUGAAGCCCGGUUUUCAGGUAAAUCUCACGCCUUUAGGCCUGGAAGGAAUGCCCAUACAGUUAUCCGCACUAUUCGAAGUAACUUUGCUGGGUACCUUUGGUUUUUAAAAGGUGAUUUGACUGAGCUAUUUGAUAAUGUGGAUGUAGAUGUAAUGAUGGAUUAUCUUCAAAAGGUUGUAAAAGAUAGGAAAGUAUUGAAUUUGAUUAAAUCCGGGCUUAAUGUGCGUGUUAAGAGGAGAUUAAAGAGAGGUGAUGAUGGUAGUGGUGGUGGAGAUUUGAAGAGCAAGAGAAGGAAAAAGAGAAAAGCCACGAAGAAGAGAAUUUUGAACGAGAACGAGCCUAAACCGGACCCAUAUUGGCUGAGGACUUUCUUCGAUUUUGCUCCUGAGGAAGCUGCUAAGGUACCUUCUUAUGGUUAUUGUGGAAUUUUAAGUCCUUUACUUGCUAAUGUCUGUCUUAAUGAACUGGAUCAAGUAAUGGAAGAGAAGAUAGUUGCGUUUUUUAGGCCGUCUAAGCACGAUUCGAUAUGGAAGGAUAGCAUCGAUGAUGGAUGCCACAACCCUUCUUGGCCUGAGUUUGUUCCUUCUAGUGGUAGAGAGAAGACUAGGAAAAUGGAUUACAUAAGAUUCGGAGGUCAUUUCUUGAUUGGCAUUCGAGGACCGAGAGAGGAUGCAGUGCAAAUUAGGAAGGAAAUAAUCGAGUUUUGUGAGAGCAAAUUUGGGUUAAGGUUGGAUAAUUCUAAACUGGAGAUUGAACACAUUAGUAGAGGAAUUCAAUUCUUGGAUCAUAUCAUCUGUAGGAGAGUGAUACACCCAACCCUUCGUUAUACGUCUAGUGGAGGGAAUAUCGUGAGUCAAAAGGAUAUAGGGACUUUGCUUUCGGUUACCGCUAGCUUGCAGCAAUGCAUACGACAGUUCAGGCGUCUUCAGUUUGUCAAGGGUGAUAAGGAUCCUGAACCUCUACCUUGCAACCCAAUGCUCUACUCGAGUCAGGCUCAUACGAAUUCACAGAUGAAUAAGUUUCUCGAGACUGUGGCUGAUUGGUAUAAAUAUGCUGAUAAUCGAAAGAAAAUUGUUGGCUUUUGUGCCUACGUGAUUCGAAGCUCUUUAGCCAAACUAUAUGCUGCUAGGUACAGGCUAAAGUCUCGUGCCAAGGUGUAUAAGAUAGCAUCACGUGAUCUUAGUCGGCCACUGAGGGAGAGUAGCAACAACUCCGCACCUGAAUACUCCGACCUUUUGAGGAUGGGGCUUGUUGAUGCGAUCGAAGGUGUUCAGUUCUCACACAUGUCUUUGAUUCCAUCUUGCGAUUACACCCCGUUUCCUAGGAAUUGGAUACCAGACCAUGAGCAGCUUCUGCAAGAGUAUAUUAGACUACAAGACCCCAAAUUCUUCUGUGACUUGCAUAGAACCAUAAAACGUGAAGGCCUAAGUUUGCCUCAAGAUGAGAUAUCUGAGAUCGUGUGGGAUUAUAAGACUCUGGGGAUCCGGAGAUAUCGACCUAACAGCGGCGAAGAAACAAAAGAGGGCUCCGAAUAAAAUGUAGGGACAAUGUUAUGUAUGUGCUCGGUUUCCCUUCCUCGAGGUAUGGUAGUUAUCUACAAACGAACCGAAUGCUAUCAAAGUGGGCGAUCUUGAUCUUUUACCUCUUGGGGAAAGUUCAUUUUACUAGCAUCAUUGGAGACCCGAGAGUGAAGGUCACGAGGAAUCGACCAAAUAUUCCUGCUAAAGUUUCGAUAAAUUGCGAAACGUCCCCCCAAUUCAACCCUGCCUUCAUCAGAGAUCAACAUUUGUAGAAUGGUGGGAAGCUAACCUCUGCUGUGUAUUCCAGCGACAGAAAUCCUAUCGGAUUCUCUUCACAUUCGGAAAAUCCGUCUAUGCAACUUCAUUGUUUGAAUCGUUGCUCUUUCCUUGCUCUAUCGACGGAGGCAUUUCUAC